AUGAAAGGUUUUAAUAAUUUUCAAAAUCGAUCAAAUAAUAAUCAUCAGGGCUAUGGUGGAGGCUACCAUUCAGGAAGACAGAAUCAUGGAAAUAAUUCGGGUUAUCACAAUAAUAAUAAUUCAAGCACACUUGGAAAAAAUUUAAAUCCAGUUGACUGGACUAAUGUUAAAUUAGUACCAUUUGAAAAAAAUUUUUAUAAAGAACAUGAUGAUAUUCGUAAAUUAUCAUCAAAAGAGGUAAAAGAAAUCAGAGAUAAACAUAAAAUUACUAUAUUAGGUGGCGAUAAUAUACCAAACCCUGUUGAAUUAAUUAAUAAAAUUGGUUUUCCUGAUUAUGUAUUAAAAUCUUUAAGAAAUAAUAAUAUUGUUUCUCCUACCCCUAUACAAAUACAAGGUUGGCCUAUAGCUUUAUCAGGUAAAGAUAUGAUUGGUAAAGCUGAAACGGGUAGUGGUAAAACACUUGCUUUUAUUUUACCUGCAUUCGUUCAUAUAUUAGCUCAACCAAGUUUAAAACAUGGGGAUGGACCAAUUGUUUUAGUAUUAGCACCUACUAGAGAAUUAGCUGAACAAAUCAGGCAAGAAUGUAUUAAAUUUUCAGUAGAAUCUAAAAUUAAAAAUAGUUGUGCAUAUGGUGGAGUCCCAAAAGGUGGACAAAUUUAUGCCUUACGACAAGGAGUACAUAUUUUAAUUGGUUGCCCAGGACGUUUAAUUGAUUUAUUAGAACAAAAUGCAACUAAUUUAAGAAGAGUUACGUACUUAGUUUUAGAUGAAGCUGAUAAAAUGUUAGAUAUGGGUUUUGAAAUGCAAAUUAGAAAAAUUGUUGAACAAAUUAGACCAGAUAGACAAACAUUAAUGUGGUCCGCUACUUGGCCAAAAGAAGUACAAGCACUAGCUAGAGAUUUAUGUAAAGAUCAGCCAAUACAUGUAAAUGUUGGUUCGCUAACUUUAACAGCAUGUCGUAGAAUUAAACAAGAAAUUUAUCUUAUUGAGGAACAUGAAAAAUUGGGAAAUUUAAAAUCAUUACUACAAAGAAUAUUCAAGGAAAAUGAUAGGAUAAUUGUUUUUGUGGAAACCAAAAGAAGUGCUGAUUUCAUAACAAAGGCUUUAAGAUUAGAGGGAAUGCCAGCAUUAUGUAUACAUGGAGAUAAAAAACAAGAUGAAAGAAGAUGGGUUUUAAAUGAUUUUAAAACAGGAAAAAGUCCAAUUUUAAUAGCAACAGAUGUUGCAUCAAGAGGGCUUGAUAUUAAAAAUGUAAAAUUUGUAAUAAAUUAUGAUUUUCCCAAUCAAAUUGAAGAUUAUGUCCACAGAAUUGGUAGAACAGGAAGAGCAGGUGCUCACGGUGCCUCUUUUACAUUUUUAACAUCUGAUAAAUAUAGAUUAGCUAAAGAAUUAGUUAAAAUAUUAAGAGAAUCUGAACAACCUAUACCACCACAAUUAGAAAAAAUAUCAUUUUCAACGGGUAAUAGUCAAAGAAGAAACCCUUAUUAUAGUUAUGGACGUUCAGGAUACAAUUCUAACAAUUUUCCAGUAAGAGGCGGAAAUAGAUAUUACUAA